GGGAGCUGCGCAGUGGGAAGAAGCGAGAGGCCCCCGCAGAGAGGUGGUCACUUUGCCGUGCCCGGGGUCCCUCGGGGAGGUGGGCGCUUCCCCGCCCGGUUCCCUCUGCCGGGGGAUGGCUGCGCAGAGUGCUCGGGAGAGCGUCUACACCCUCCUGCCCCGCCUGGAGGAGAAGCCUGUCAAGCCUCCCAGGUAUAUAUCCAUAUAUAGACCAUCUGUGAAACAAGAAGCAGAGAAAAAUAAAGCAAAGCAGAAAACUAUGGGACCAGCAAAAGUUGAAGUGCCAUCUCCAAAAAACUUUCUGCAGAAACGUUCAAAGGAACCUAAGCUACCAGCAAGAAAAAAAGAACAAGAUAGUAAGAAAUUGCCUGCUUUAUCAGUGCCACGGAGGACAGAUCACCCAGUUAUGGGAAUUCAGAGUAAAAAGAAUUUUAUAAAUACGAAUGCAGUUGCUGCUAUCACAGAAUUACCUAAAAAGCCUCGGCCUAUUAAUGUUGAUAGGAGACAGGGAGAUAAAUAUCUGCUUGAAGCUUCAGGACUUGUUCCAAAAUAUAUUAAAAAAAAGGACUAUGGUGUUAUACCAAAAUAUGUAACAGAGAGAAAGGAAAAAAUGAAGAAAGCUCAGAAAGAAUAUGAGGACAGUAUCUUGGAGUAUCUCAAGAAAAGAGCCAUGAAAGUUCUAUCUGAUGAAGAAAGGAAGUGUCUUCUGCAGGGGCUGAAAAAGAACUGGGAUGAAGUGUAUCGUGAAUUUCAGUGUCUUCCAGUAAAAAUAGACACCAUACCCAAGAUGUUAUAUAAAGGAAAGCUGGAGACACAGAUGAAACAACUGGAGCAUGACAUAGAAAUGAUCAAGAAGCACAAAGUUAUCUACAUUGCAAAUGAGUAAGGACUGUUUUUCAGAUAUUGCCCCUUUUCUCCUUUUCUUUCUCUCUAUCCCUACAUCUCCAAGAAGUGCUAAAUCCUCAGAAGAAAUCAACACCACCAACUAUUCAGAAUAAAACAUUCAACUAAUAUAAGUAUGUAGCUUCUUAGAAAAGCUAUUACAUGAACUGUCAUCUAUGUAGUUUAGAAGAUGUUCUGAAAUAAAAUUCUUAACUAAACCUUGAGUAUUAAAACAUGAAUUUAAAUUAUUCUUCUUUGUAAUUUUUACUAACUACUAAGAUUUAUAUAAGCAUCAUACAAAAAAGCAUGAAAACUACUGUUUCUUAUGUUUGGAGCACUUCUUUCCUUUCCUAGCCAAAAGGAAGUGAAAUAAUUUUCUGCCAAAGACAGCUUGGUAAAUAUAAAUAACUUCAGUGUGGGAUGGCUUCUGGUCUAGUUAUUAAAGAGCUGUUGUGCUUUAUUUAAAAGCUUGAGCAGUGGUAUUUCUAAACUGCUUGGCUUCUGCAUAAUAUUUUGUGUGCUCAUUUUUUGUUACUAAAACAAAUUUUGUAGUGGGAGCUGGCUGCACCGGGUUUCUGCCUUCCACCAUGGAAGUCCUGACUUACCCCAAGCAGCAGCUGUAGCUGUGCAUUUCCCUAAGUUGCUUGAGUAAUUGAGAUACCAUACAGAUACCACAUGUAGCAUGCUGUGUGGUUUUAUGUAUAAAUAAUUCUCUAAUACUAUUGUAAAUCUACAGCUAAAGUAGAAAAAUGUGUUUUGAUUGCUGUUAUGUGUGUAAUGUUUGAAUGAAAGCAGCGUACUAACAUGUGAAUCAAGACCUAAGUAGAAAUUAUAUCAGCAUGCUAUACUGCAAUUAUUUGCAUAAAAAGAAAAAUUGCUUUUCUUUCAUACUGCUUAAUGUUUACUUCUGAACACAGCGUUUUCUGUGUGGUACCACCAGCCAUCAUUGUGACAUUAUAGUAUCUGACAUCAGCAGAAGAUGAAGUAAAAAUUUUCAUAUGAACUAUUAAAACCCAAAUUUUCACAUACAUUAAGUUCCUUUCGUAAAUUUGUCAAGGAAUGGCUUUGAAGAUCUCACAGAAAUUCUAGGUAUUUCUUGGGUAUCUUAAAAUUGUCUGUGACACACACUAGGAAAGUGUGGGUGAGCAGGAAUGUGUAUUUUCCUCUUCAUAACUUAGUGUUAAGCAAUCAUGUUUAUUUUUAAGAGACAAGCUGGAAGAAACCUGUGGUUUUGUAAAACAUGAAUUUUAUAUACUGUUUACUCAAAAUAAUGACUUAUACUGUAUAUUUUAGAAAACCACACCAAUUAUAAGCACUUAAUAACAUGUCACAUUAUCUCUUAGUGAAGUACAAGAUGCCUGUCUUAAGAAAUGCAAUAUAAUCAAACAUGGCUGUUUCUUAUGGCUUAGAAUAAAAAAAUUAGAUUGGUCUCCAAACCAGCCUGCAUUCCCACUGCUUCAGUCUCAGCUUUUAGUUACUCAUGGACCAUUUGGCUGUGUUAGGUUGAGAAUCUGCAUUUGGUUCUUCCGUUUAUCAUCAGUACUAACUUUAUGGAAAUGCAAAGUAGGUGGUGGCCUAUCCCAAAAUUUGAGACAACCAACUAGGCCACACUUGGAAACAUUCAUCAUCCAGUAAAAAUGACUGCUUUUUAAAUUGUCAGAGGGAUAUUAGUAUAUUAUUGGGAAACUAGGAAGUGAACAGGAAGGCAUGCAAAAAGUAUUCCUGCUUAACAGCAGAGGGAGAGACUAAAGCCC